AUGGGUACUGCCUUCAGCUGCUGCGAGUCUUGCUCCCUGUUGCUGGAGAACGAGCGGGAGGCAGUGGCAGAUCUGUUGCAGUACCUUGAAACGCUGACAACACUCUCUUUCUCGGACAAUGUCGACCUCCAACGCAGCGCCGCGCUCGCAUUCGCUGAAAUCACGGAGAAGGAGGUCCGCCCUGUCGGCCGCGACACGCUCGACCCUAUUCUCUUCCUCCUCGGCAGCCAUGACACCGAAGUGCAGCGGGCUGCAAGUGCGGCUCUGGGGAACCUUGCGGUGAACACCGACAAUAAGUUGCUCAUCGUCAAGCUUGGGGGCCUGGAGCCUCUCAUCCGGCAGAUGCUCAGCCCCAAUGUGGAGGUGCAAUGCAACGCUGUUGGUUGUGUGACAAACCUGGCCACACACGAUGACAACAAGACCAAGAUUGCGAAGUCUGGAGCCCUUGUCCCUCUUACUCGGCUUGCGCGUUCCAAAGACUUGCGUAAUAGGCAGCAGCUCGUCAACGCGGGCGCUAUUCCAGUUCUUGUUAGCUUGCUCAACUCUCCCGAUACGGACGUGCAGUACUACUGCACAACCGCCCUGAGCAACAUUGCUGUAGAUGCGCACAAUCGCAAGAAACUCGCGCAGUCGGAACCGAAGCUCGUCUCGAGCUUGGUGCAGCUUAUGGACAGCUCCAGCCUUAAAAUCGGUGCACCCACUGAGAUUUCCAUCACAGAGAAAUACCAACUGGAUAUUGUCAAGGCUGAUGGCCUCACUUCCUUGCUGCGUCUCCUUCAAUCCACGUACCUCCCUCUCAUCCUCUCUGCCGCCGCUUGUGUCCGCAAUGUUUCCAUUCACCCGCAAAACGAGUCUCCGAUCAUCGAGUCUGGUUUCCUACAGCCUCUAAUCAACCUGCUGUCGUUCAAGGACAACGAGGAGGUCCAGUGCCACGCCAUCUCGACUCUUCGUAACCUCGCCGCCAGCUCGGAGAAGAACAAACAAGCGAUUGUCAAGGCUGGUGCGGUGCAAAGCAUCAAGGAGCUGGUCUUGGAGGUUCCGAUGAACGUGCAGAGCGAAAUGACGGCGUGCAUUGCGGUGUUGGCUCUCAGUGAUGAAUUGAAGGGCCAGCUAUUGGAAAUGGGUAUCUGCGAGGUCUUGAUCCCCCUCACGAACUCGCCCAGUUCCGAAGUCCAGGGCAACAGUGCUGCGGCUUUGGGCAACCUUUCUUCGAAGGACGGGCGCACGACCACUGAUGACUACUCGGCAUUCAAUGACGUCUGGGACAAGCCGGAUGGCGGGAUGCACAGAUACCUGUACCGUUUCUUGACGAGCGCCGAUGCCACCUUCCAGCAUAUCGCUGUGUGGACCAUUGUCCAGCUCCUAGAGUCUGGCGACCCUCAAUUGAUCAGCAACAUCCGUAGCUCUUCUUUGCUCAUGCCUAACAUCCGUACACUCGCCGAAACCCGUACCUCCACCCCGACGUCGUCUAUUGGCGGUACCCCCCACUCGCACCGCUCGGCCACUCACUCGUAUCAGGACACAGACACGGGCAACGGCCAGGGCGAGAUCCAAAUGCUCGCGCGUCGCAUCCUCGACUUCACGGACAGUGAAGGUGCCAUGACACCUAGCGCCCUUGCCUCCCAGAUCCAAGCAGGCUCCUACUCUAUGCAUGCCGAGAGCGAGAGUGGCCGUGAGCACGAAGAGCUCCGCAAGAGCGUACGAGAGGCCUUCUCUGGAAGCUCCUCCGGCCACUAG